CUCCGGGGUGGCUCUUGGCCAUAGGGCUCUUGUUUUGGAAUGCUCAGGCCAACGGUGACUGCUGGGCUCUGGGCAGAGUUGAAUGGUGCUUAUAAGCCCCACAAUGCAGCCGUCAAUGGCUCUGUUAGUCUUGCAAUGGUUGUGCAGUUCUUGGGAAGCUCAAGUUCAGCUGUGUUUUGUCCCAGGGGGCUGCCAGAGGCCUGGAGCUCUUGAGGUGGUGCAGAGCCAUGUGCAGGUAGGUCCCUCAUGGUCUCCAGGGCAAAAUGAGGGGCCCCAGCCCUCUGUUUGUCUUGGCAAGGAUAAAACCUGCUACUGGUUUUGCUGGGAUGUCCUGGCCUGUGUCUGCCCUGCCACAUGUCACCCCUGGCCUGAGCACUUGCUCCUUUCCAUCCCCAAGCCACUGGUGGUCUGUGCAGGGGUACUGCAGGAUGCUGGGAUGGCGUGGUGGGACAGGCUGUGCCUCAGCUCUGGUGUGCAGAGGGCACUGCUGAGCACCCAUGCCCAGCUGGGAUGUUGCUAUUGAGGAAGCAAGGAAGGAAAAAAACCAAACCCUGGCUCAGCAAAGGAGGUACAAACCACCCAAGUCAAAUCACUCCUCCCAGCGUGGUGGCACACGCAACACGAACUGUUCCCCAUCUGGAGGAAGCCUGGCAGCUGAGCAGACCGUGGUAACACUUCCAGUGAACACUCAGAGCCAAAUGUGAGGUUGCUGAGAUGAGGGUGUUAUGUUUAACAGUGUGGUUGGUGAGGCGGGUUUUUGAUACAGCAGUUGGGCAGAGAGGAGAUGCUGGAUCAAGGCUGGGGGGAGUGCUGGUGCUUCAGGGUAGUGUGACCAUGGCAGAAGGGGAACGGAUGUGCUGGGGUUCAGAGGGGGGCUGGGGACUGGCCUGCAGUCACCCUCAAUGCUUCAGGGAAGCAUUGCCUCCCUUGUACUGCCUUCUGCAGUGAGAGCAGCCCUGUCCCUGCCUGCACAGACAGCUGGUCCUAGGGUCUCUAUCACUUCCCCAGCUCUGUGCCUCCAUAAGCCCCAGGAACAAUCCCGGAGGCUCUUUCUCCCUCUGGACAGAAAUACUGCCUCCUUCAGUGGGCUCUGGUGCAAGGCCAGGAGGGUUCUUGCUGUUCUCAGGGUGGGGGGAAUCCCUAGGCCGACUGCCUGUGCUUCGGCUCUGGUGUUUCAGAGGUCUCACCUCAGUCCUCACCCACAGUUUGCAGCUGCAUGUCCUUGCUUGUUGACUGUUCCUCCUUGUCUCAAGCUCUUAAUCCUGCAAGGGACAGAGAAAACGUGGGGACAAUGUUUUGUACCCACGUGCUGAGGUGGUUGCGCUUGUAACAGUGAAAAGAAAUGGGAAGAGUGAGAAGCAGUGACAGUGGUAAGCCAGCCCCACUGGUGUCCCAUCUGGUCAGGGGUACUCCCACCCCUCUGCCUUGGGAGGUGGCCAUGAACUCCCCACCUUCAUGGGGGAAUGUGUCCCCACAACCACAAGGUUGGUGUUGGUAGCCUCAAAGCCCUUGUAUGUCUGCUCCAGAAGAGGAAGGUUACCUCCAUGACCGGCAGGAGCAGGGCAAGAUUCCUGGUGGCUGAAUGGUGGGGCAAGGCCAAGGUAAGAAGGGACUGGCCAUGUGCAGCUGCCCAGCCAGACCAGCCUCUGCUAUGGUUCACAGUCUGAGGUCUCUGCUUACAGCCCAAGGAGGUCCCUCAUUGUGCCCCAUUUUGCCCUGUGGGUGAUGCCCUCCCCAUACCAGGGAGUCUGUGGGAUGGCUGUGGGUGUCCUGGCAGUGGUGUCACAGGUUGUCCCAGUGUGAGUCAUGCCCAGAGCUGCGCUGAGUCACCUCCCCAGUGGCGUGAGCAUCAGGUGAGGAGCUGAGGAGCUUUCUCAGACCCACAUCCUGGUGACAAAGGCACUGUGGCUUCUCACCACGGGGUGCCAGAGGUGGGUGCAACAGAAGACUGCUGCACACGUGCAUAGUGCCAUAGAAGUGUAGCAGCUGCCCACUGUCCCUGUGGGUCCACUUACCACCACAGCCCUGAGGGUACCUGCCCUGCUGCACCCCCAGAGUGCAGCAGGACUCCUGCCCUCCAUAGUGGACACCUCUGUGCCACAGUAGGCAUGUGAACUCCAUGGGGCAGUGUCACUGGCUGAAGCUUCUGUUUUUAAUUUUUUAAUCCCAGGUCCCAGCAGCCCAUCAUGUCUGUGGGUGGCAGAACAGCUCCAGCACACCUACCCAUUUCCAUGGCCCCUGGCACAGCUGCGUAGUGCUGGGGCAGAUGGAUGGACUGUGGUCAGGAUGAGCCCUGCCCUGCGCCUGCUGCUGUCCCUGGCCAGCUGCUCCCUGCUCCAGGGGAUGCUACUGAGGCCACGGCAUGUCAGGCUGGAGGCAAAGAACUUCCAUGUCUGGCUGCACUGGGAGCCAGAUCCCAGCUCACCCAGCUCUGCCACCUAUGAGGUGGAGUGGAGGAACAGAACCUCGAACUGGACCAAGGCAGGUGCCUAUGGGGGGAACAGCAGAAACUCCUGUGUGUGUGAGCUGUAUUUUGACAGGAUUCAUGACACCUACUGGGCACGGGUGAGAGUGGUUGCCGGAGCAAUUGUUGGCCCCCCCAAGUUGUCCUGGCUACUCCAGGACCAAAUCCUCAGUGUAAACAUCAUCAUACCACCCACUCCCUACCAGAGAAGAACUGGUUCCUACAAGCCGGUCAACCGAGUGCUGCUGAAACUGUGGUAUUGGCUGCACCUGUACGAGGGGGACCUACUUGUCCAGCAGGUGCCCUGCAAACAGAGCAGGAGGGAAGUGCCUUGCACCUUUGGGCACCUGAAGCCCAGCACACAGUACUGUGUCCGGACGGUGGCUGCAGACAUUGCCAGAGAGCGGAGCCAGGAGGCUGAGCAGUGCCUGGUGACUCCAGCAGGCCCUUCAGGCUUUCCAUGGGUCCUUGCUGUGCUGAGUACCUUCUUCCUGCUGCUGCUACUAAGUGUGGCCGGGAUCUGCUUCAUGCAGCUGCGUGUCUUUCCCAAUCCUCCGGAGACCUGCCUCCCAAAAGCACUGGCUCUCCAGAACAGCGAGCUGAGUAUGGCCAUGCAGGUGCUUCCACUCCAGCUUGAGGAGGACCCACUGGCCCUGCUCCUGCAGACUGUGCUCCCCUCCCACGGGCCACCCACAGCUGUGCAGGCAUCAGCCACGGUCCCACAGCUCCUGCAAGGCCUUGUCCAGGAUGUGAGUAGUGGCUACUGUGCCAAUGGGUUUGGCCCAAACUGCACUGAGGGAAGGGACCCAUCCUGCACCCACAGUCAGCUGGGGCACGCCUUAGGUUCUCAGGUCCCCUCACAGCUGGAGAAGGAUGGGGAGGCAGGUGAUGGGGAUGAUUUGCCAGAGCAGCUGGUGCUAGUGGGACUGGCUGGACGCAGCUACAUAGGUGAUGGGGACAGCCAGAUACCUAAAACAUGGCUCCCCCUGCACCUUCAGCUUUAUUCUAAAUGCCAGUGCCCAGUCCUGGGAGCAGGCAGCCACCUUCCUCUACCCGUGCCAAGCAGAAGCUGCAACCAGGAGUACCUGCAGGAGAGUCUGGGCACGGCUGGGCACUGGAUCCGGCUCAGCUCCGUGAGGCUCCUGCCCAGUGCGGAGGCAGAGGGAGGGCAGCGCCUCCGUGCUCCCCAGCCCCUGCGUGGCGGCUGGACUGAACUAGAACAAGACGACAGGACCGCGCAGCGAGGCUGCCUGGAGCAGGCAGAGUCGUGUCUGUGCAGCCCCUACCAGCUGCCCUCCUCGCCCUGCAGCGUCCCUGGGGCAGUUCCCUUCCCCGGCUACGAGCCCCGUGCCCCGCCUGGCAGCGAGCCUUAGCGAGCGGGGCCGCCUCCAGCACCCAGCACAGCCAGGGCGCCUCCCCGAGCUCCCCGGCCGGGACGGCUGUCUGUCUGCCCUAACCUGCUGGGGCAGGGCUGGGGAUGGGACCGGGGCAGACUCCAAGGGCAGGCACAGACACGUUCCGAGCACGGCCGCCGAGGAUCCGCCGAGCACGGGCAGGAUCCAGAGCUUUCCUCUGGGGAUUUGGUGCUCUUGAGACACAGCAUAAGGAGCAUGGAUCAACGUUGAACCCCAAAACUUCUUAUCUAGAGAUCUGUCUGUAUGUGUGCAUUUAUGGUACUAAUUAGUAUCUAUACUAAUGUAACACUUAUAUAUACAUAUAUAUUUAUAAAUCUCUUUAAUGAAAAAAUGUUGGGGUUUUUACUUCUGUGGAAAUGUUGAUUCUGUGCUGGAGUUGUUUUUAAAUAU